GAAGAAGAAUUCUGUUCUGAUGCUUACCCUAUGAAAUUGGUUGACGAUGUCGUUUAUGAAAUUGACUGUCAGCUUGUAACGGUUAAAAAAGGAGUUGAUAUUGAUAUUGGAGCAAAUCCUUCAGCUGAGGAAGCUGAGGAAACACUUGAAGAAGGAUCUGAACAAGUUAAUAAUGUAGUUAACGCAUUUAAUCUUCAAGAAAUUUCUUUUGAUAAGAAAGCUUAUCAAACUUAUCUAAAAAAAUAUGUGAAAAAAUUAGCCGAAAAGGUUAAAGAAAAAAAUCCGGAUGUAGAUUUGAAAGCAUGGCAAGAUAAAGUUACUAAUUUUAGUAAAAAAGUCUUAGGCAAUUUUAAUGAUUAUCAGUUCUAUACUGGAAAAAAUUUUGAACAAGAAGGCAUGAUCGCUUUGUUGAAUUAUCGUGAAGAUGGUAUAACACCUUAUUUCACAUUAUUUAAAGAUGGUCUAAUUGAAGAGAAAGUUUAAAUCCAUCAUCAAUAUUAUUAUAAAUAAAUGAAUAUGAAUAAAUGAUAUAUAAAUAUAAUAUAUAUACACUAAAAUUUUAUACUAUAAAUAGGGUAUUAGGAAAUUUCAAUGUAUUUUUUUAUUUGAAAAAAAAAAAAGAUAAGAAAAAAAAAAAAAUAUUAUAUUGAAUCCUAAUUUGAAAAGAAUAAUUAUUAUUUUCAUGAAUUAAAAAAAGAUCUUUAUUAUAUAAUAAUUCAAAGCAGAGUUAUUAAUAUUGUCA